AUGAAGUGGUUGCACUUAAUACUGUACUUCCUCAUCUUAAUGCGCUCCACCCACACCACAUUGAACAACACUUCAGCAGAAGUUGGUGAGAGAUCCAAGCGCUAUCUCAUAUACCCCCCGGCUGGGGGUUUGGUCAAAAUUAUAAUGGGCUUUAGUGUACCAGUAGUUCUUGCUCACAAGAGAAGUUUAGGUUGUGCAUACAAUUUGCAAGGCCAAUUCCGGCUACCCAAUGAAAUUGUUUGGUCACCAGCUACGUUCGAAGGACUUUCGAGGAAAUUUAAGAGGAACGAAACUCCCCAAGGUGCAAUGGUGGAUGAAACGAGAGAAUUUAUUUACAAUAUUCUUGUGAGAUCGAAGAAUAUAAAUGGCAAGAAUGGAAAGGAUUGCCUCCUACGAACAAUCUGUGAAGUUUCUCAAUCACCUCUAAACCAUCACAAUGGAAUUUUUGGUGAAAUUAUCGACACAAUCUUCAUUCCUGGAACAUCAAGAGUUGAUGAGUGCUACCAUGAAGCCCAAAUGGCUGGUAUUAGUGGUAUGGAUUGUCGGCAUUUGUACAAGAACUGCCCAGAUGGAGAUGGUUUUCUUGACAAUUUUUUAUUUAGUUAA